GUCUGUGGCAGCUGUGCGGCAGUCUGUUUUGUCUGGGAAAAACGAAGCAAAUGACCGGGGAAACUAGAGAGCACCAAAAGAACGAUAUAUAUAUAUAUAGGACACGUGACGUACAGUUGCCGUGUACUACCUUGGUGCCGCGUGCAAUAAAACCGCGCUCCUUCUCACCACAUUGAAGAUUUAUACUUAUCGGAUUAUUAAAGGUUAUGCAGUUGCAUCGACUCGACAUCUCCGCUCUGCCUGGCCUGGCAUUGCCAGCAGUUAUCUGUGAUUUCAUUGAUUGAUAUCAGGAUUUCGUGUUGGCCUCCUUUUCUAGGACUUCUCGUGUAGAAGGAGAACAAUGGACUGAACGUUUUCUUGAAUAGCUACUUUACAAGGGAAUAACUCUCAUUUGAAAGUUGGCGCUGAGUUUUCGUGACUAGAAAUAGUUUGGUAGGGGAACACUACUCAAUCUGUGUGAUGCUUCGGAUGUAAUAGGUGUGGAGCAAGACGAGCCUUUUAAUAGUUUAAUUUCCUAACCACUCUGAAUCGACCCGAACAUGUCUAAUACAAAGUUCAAAAAGGAUAAAGAAAUCAUUGCUGAUUACGAGAGUCAAGUUAAAGAGAUCCGUGCCCAGCUGGUGGAUCAGCAGAAAUGCCUGGACCAGCAGACAGAGAUGAGGGUGCAACUUCUCCAGGACCUGCAGGACUUCUUCAGGAAGAAGUCAGAGAUUGAGAUGGAGUACUCCAGGAACCUGGAGAAACUGGCAGAGAGGUUCAUGGCUAAGACUCGGAGCACCAAGGACCACCAGCAGUACAAGAAGGACCAGAACCUGCUGUCCCCGGUUAACUGCUGGUACCUGUUGCUGAACCAGGUGAGGAGGGAGAGCAAGGACCACGCCACCCUCAGUGACAUCUACCUGAACAACGUCAUCAUGCGCUUCAUGCAGAUCAGCGAGGACUCCACACGCCUGCUCAAGAAGAGUAAGGAGAUAACGUUUCAGCUUCAGGAAGACUUGAUGAAGGUCCUCAACGAGCUCUACACUGUGAUGAAGACUUACCACAUGUACCACACGGAGAGCAUUAGUGCAGAGAGCAAGCUGAAGGAGGCGGAGAAGCAGGAGGAGAAGCAGAUCGGCCGGGCCGAGCCCGUCUUCAGCUACCGCCUGGAAGACAAGCACCAGAGACGCAGCUCCGUCAAGAAGAUUGAGAAGAUGAAGGAAAAGCGCCAGGCCAAGUACUCAGAGAAUAAGCUGAAGUCAAUCAAAGCACGGAACGAGUACCUGCUGACACUGGAAGCGACAAAUUCCUCCGUCUUCAAGUACUACAUCCACGACUUGUCUGAUUUAAUUGACUGCUGUGAUCUGGGCUACCACGCCAGCCUGAACCGUGCCCUGCGGACCUACCUAUCGGCUGAGUACAACCUGGAGACAAGUCGCCACGAGGGCCUAGACAUCAUCGAGAACGCCGUGGACAGUCUGGACCCCCGCAGCGACCGCCAGCGCUUCAUGGAGUUGUACCCCACAGCCUUCUGCCCGCCCAUCAAGUUCCAGUUCCAGCCCCACAUGGGCGAUGAGGUGUGCCAGAUCGCGAUGCAGCCGCCGGUGAGCGGAGAGCUGAUGUUGAGGUUCCAGCAGCUACAGUCCCGCCUGGCCACUCUGAACAUCGAGAACGAGGAGAUCAAGAAGACGUCAGAGGCCACCCUGACGACCAUCCAGGACAUGGUGACCAUCGAGGACUACGACGUCUCUGAGUGUUUCCACCACAGCCGCUCCACCGAGUCGGUGAAGUCCACCGUGUCGGAGACCUACCUCAGCAAGCCCAGCAUCGCCAAACGGAGGGCCAACCAGCAGGAGACAGAGCAGUUCUACUUCAUGAAAUUCCGGGAGUUUCUGGAGGGCAGCAAUCUCAUCUCCAAACUGCAGGCCAAGCACGACCUACUGAAGAGGACUCUGGGAGAAGGUCACCAAGGGGACUAUAUGACUACAAGGCCUCCCAAUGUGCCGCCCAAACCUCACAGUGGCACAAAUAGGAGGGCUAGGCCCCGCUCGGUCUUUAACGUUAAGUUGUUUAAUGGCAAUCUGGAGUCCUUUGUCAAGGACUCUGGACAAGCGAUUCCCCGUGUGGUGGAGAGCUGUAUUCGAUUCAUCAAUCUCUAUGGCCUUCAACAUCAAGGGAUAUUCCGUGUGUCCGGGUCUCAGAUGGAAAUCAAUGACAUCAAGAACUCAUUCGAGAGAGGUAACGACCCACUGACAGAUGAAGAGAACAACCACGACAUCAACUCGGUUGCCGGGGUUCUUAAACUCUACUUCCGGGGCCUGGAGAAAUCCCUCUUGCCCAAGGAAAGAUUUAACGACCUCCUCUCCUGCGUCAGAAUAGAGAACCUGUAUGAGAGGUCCCUGUACAUCCGUAAGAUUCUCCUGACCGCCGUGCCCAGAUCCAUCUUUAUCGUGAUGCGCUACCUUUUUGCCUUUCUCAAUCACCUGUCCCAGUACAGCGAUGAGAACAUGAUGGACCCCUAUAACCUGGCCAUCUGCUUCGGGCCCACCCUCAUGCCCACACCCAACAUCGAGGACCAGGUGUUGUGCCAGGCACACGUCAACGAGAUCAUCAAGACCAUCAUCAUCCACCACGAAACCAUCUUCCCCGACACCAAGGAGCUGGACGGGCCCGUCUACGAGAAAUGCAUGGCCGGGGAAGACUACUGUGAGAGUCCCUACAGUGAGCAUGGGGCCAUAGAGGAGGUGGACAAUGAGGGAGGCACUGAGACGCAUACCAGCGAGGACGAGGGCGAGCCCAUCGAAGCGAUUGCCAAGUUUGACUACGUGGGGCGUUCUGCCCGAGAGCUGUGCUUCAAGAAGGGCGCCUCCCUGCUGCUGUACCAGCGGGCAUCGGACGACUGGUGGGAGGGACGGCACAACGGCAUCGACGGCCUGGUACCUCACCAGUACAUCGUGGUGCAGGACAUGGAUGAUCAUUUCUCAGACACGCUUAGUCAGAAGGCUGACAGUGAGGCCAGCAGCGGCCAUGGAGCUGAGGACAAGUGUUCAGGAAAAGACAUGAGCUCUCCUACGGACACCAGGAUCACUGACGCCUACAUUGGCAGCAGGCAUAAGAAGAGGACGGAGCCCCCCUCCCGCCGCCCCCCGGCGCGCCCCAAUGAUGUCAACUGCAUGGUGCACCCCUCCCAGCAGACCCAAGGGGGCCAGGCUCACACACCUGAGAUGGGCUCCCCAGUUCUGGGUCACUCCUUCAGCCCCCGGGACCUGCUGCGGAGCCGCAACCAUGGCCAGCUUCCCAUGGACAGCCCCGAGCACCGGCGCCGAACAGGCCACGGCAGCCUGACCAACAUCAGCCGCCACGAGUCACUGAAGAAGAUGGAGAGCCCGCCCAUUCGACGCUCCACAAGCUCGGGCCAGUACACGGCCGUGUUCCAGGACUCCCACCCGCACGGUGGUGGCAAGCCCCUUGAUCCGGAGACCAUUGCACAGGACAUAGAGGAGACGAUGAACACGGCGCUGAACGAGCUGCGUGAGCUGGAGAGGCAGAGUUCGGCCAAGCACGCUCCCGAUGUUGUGCUGGACACCCUGGAGCAGAGGCAGUCGACCGGGGGCCCCACCCCAGCCAGCUCCAGCGAGUCCCUCAGCCCCCUCCACAACAUCCUUCUGAGGGCCCAGACCGGCGAGGCCGGGGGGCCCCAGAUGCGCCGCAGCACCAGCUCUUCCAGCGACACCAUGAGCACCUUCAAGCCCGUAGUGGUACCCUGUAUGGGGGUGCAUCUUAAGCCGCCUGCCCUGAGGCCCAAGCCCCUGGUGCUGCCCAAGACGGGCCCGGCUCAUCCCCCCCCCUGUGCACCCUCCCCAAGACCCCCUGGACAAGUCAUGCACCAUGUGAACUUUGAACUCUGGGAUGGGAACAUGGACCAACAGGAGAGGGUCUCUGACUACAUAUAGUAGCAACAUGUUAUCAUUGUCUAUAGAUAAUAAUAAUAAUAGUAACAAUAUUGUGUAAGACGGUAUAAGAACAGUCCAUUGCCUGGACAUUGAGGAUACUGUAGUUGUUUGCUUUGUGAGAAAGAUGUGUUUUCUUGUGUCAAAGUUAACCAGUGUCCAGUAAGUUAACCACAUUUAUUAACAAUGAAAACAGGAACAUUCUCAGGUCUGCUAGACAGACUGAACUACCACAAGGAAAGGGGCAUGUUUCAGUGUGACUAACUAUUUAACAGACAAAUAAUCGUCAAGAUCCAUAUGGAAAAUACUGUAGAAUCUGCUGAAAUGCCUAGCAUCGCUAGAUAAGUCAACUUUUUCUUCUUGAUCAUUACUGUAUACAGAACAACAAAUCACGAGGCUUCCUUUGAGGUUAGAGAAACGAGUCUGGUAGUUUACAAAAAACUAGAGAACUACAAAAUAAUGAACGCUAAAGAAACAAAGUAGUGCACGUUGCAAUUCUGUUUUGUUUACUACUCAGCCAGGGGAACUAUGGGAAAUGUAGUCCGUGUCAGCUGAACCUGACUAUGGUUUGCUUCUCACUUAGAUGGACAACGCUUAGAUUUAGAGUACUGAUCGUAAGGCUUUACUGCCACUCAGAAAUAUAAGCUGUCAAUAGUGAAAGCUGUUGGAAGUUUGGAUGUAGCUAAUGUUUUAUAGCUGAGACUGAAGCAGGGAGGGCAAGAGUCCAGAUAUGUGUGUGAUCAUAAGGAUGCACUCUCACAUACAGUUUUGGCCAAAUAUAUUAGCACCCUUGCACUUUUCUGAAAUAAUUCCCUAUUUCUUCUCAAAUAAAUUGCAAUUGGAAAAAAACUUUGGUCUCCACAUCUUAUUGAAUUUUCAACAUUGCAGAACAUAUUUUAUUUUUGUAAACUUUAUUUUCUAAAUUAUAUUUGUAAACUUAAGACAAAUGGCCUGGGCAAAAUUAUUGGUACCCAGGAGCUAGUACUUAUGCUGUGGGGUUGCUUUGCUGCCUCUGGUACUGGGGCCUUGAACGUUUGCAAGACAUCAUCAAUCAUGAAAUCAGCAGAUUAUCAAGGUAUUGUGGAGUUUAAUGUUCAACCCAGUGUCCAAAAAGUGUGUCUUUGUUUAAGGUUGUGGGUCUUCCAGCAGGACAACAAUGCAAAACACACGUCAAAAGCACCCUGAAAUGGUUCAAGAAGAAACGCUGAACUGUUCUGGAGUGGCCAGCGAGGAGUUCAGAUCUGAAUCACAUCCAUAACCUAUGGAGGAAUCUGAAAACAACAGUUGGUGGAGGGCACCCUCAAACAUGGAAGAAUUAGAGCAGUUUGCUGCAGAAAAGUGGGCCAAAUUGCCAGUUGAAAGGUACAGCAAGCUCACUGAUGGCUCCAAGAAGCAUUUAUUUGAAGUUAUCUUGGCCAAAGGCUGUGUAACCAAGUUCAAGCUCUGGGGUGCUAAUCAUUUUGUCCAUGCCAUUUUUCUUUAUUUUCUCAAAUUGUAAACUUAAGUUCACAAAUAUAAAAUUGGUUCUGCAAUGUUGAAAAUCCAAUAAGGAGUGGAGACCAGUUUAUUUAUUUUUUAAGUUUCUACUUAUUUGUGAAGAAAUAGGGAAUUAUUUAAGAAAAGUGCAAAGGUGCCAAUGUAUAUUGCUGCAACUGUAUAUAAUAUAUAAUUGGACAGUAGAUGAUGAGAUGUUUAUUUUGUUUAUUUGGUGCACUUGGCAACAACAAAUGAACUGGAUACACUUUUGUCAAGGACUAGGCUGCACCUCCCAAAAGAUGUUAUGAGAUGUUACAAGAUUGCCUACAUGUUGAUUUUAUAUGGCUUUAAUGUUAUCGCAGCAUCAUAGUUCUAAACAAGGUCUGGAAGGAGACGAGGUUACAACCACUGUGAAAUAUUACCCGUUCUGGAAAUCCUGUGAAUGUUUAUAUACUCUUGAAGACCUGUGUCGAACCUUCGUUGGCUUUUUGUCUUUAGAUUCAAGGGGAGUGGUUGAGAAUGGUUUGCAUAUAAAACAGAGUAUCGAAAACACACCAGAGCUUGGUUUACAACAACACACAAUGUCUGGCUUUCUCUGUCCAAAGACGACAUAUACUUUUACAGCAUGGAUGUUUGUUUCUCUCUCUCCCUCCUUCUGCAAUGUAAACAUUCUUUUAGACUCCCUAAACUCAUGGCAGUAAACUCCCAAAGACGGAAUGCUGGACUGACUGUUGCUGCAAAAGACCCAUUUUGUUUAUACUGCUUCUUGUCAGUGUUUUAGGAGCUUUAUAUCCCAUCCCCAUAGCCCCUUCUGACCUGUAGGCUAAUCCUUGUGUUGUGGAUGGGGAGAUGGGCCGGUCCAUUACGUUGUGGGGGAGAUGUGACUGAUGUUUAGAUUCUCCAUCAGGACUUUGUUAGUACAUUUAGGUUAUAAACCCCCUUUUGAAUGAUUGAUGUGUGCCAGAUCCCAGCUGUAUAGAGGAGCAGACGCAGCACAUGUGGACGUGGGGAAUGCAUAUUCACAUGUUCACUGAAGACCAUGUCACAUGAUGUGGGUGUCAGUGUGAAGGCUGCUGAGGGGACGACGGCUCAUAAUGUAUGGAAUGGAGUAUAAUCUAGUGAAUGGAAACCAUGUGUUUGAUACCAUUCCCUUCACUCCAUUCCUGCCAUUAUUAUGUGCUGUCCUCCCCUCAGCAGCCUCCACUGGUGGGUGCAUGUGACAACUAACUGGCCUCCUCAUACUGUAACUGUGUGUUCUCCUGUGACAGUGCCCUCUAUGGGUCACUUUUAAAGGUGCUGUGUAGCUGAAGACAAGAGACUGAUGGGUGCAUGUGUUGGGAAGCUUGCAUCUGGUUAAAGAACAAGGACUCCAAAAAGCAUUGUCUCAAGUUUGCAAUAAGCAAUGUUUUCCUUGGCAUACAACUGCAACGGGUUUAUUUUUGUCUGUUGCCAAAAUGUCAUGUAUAUUAAAAGUGAAUUUGAUUUGAAUUCUAGAUUACUAACCCUUUCUGGAUUUUGUAAUCAUUUUUGUUUAAGAUUUUGUUUGUUAGAAUUUAAUGGGAUUUUUAGAACAAAGGUUGUAGAAAUUCAAAGGUCCAAAGAACAGAGCCACGGAAUUUGCAGGUGUCCCACCCAAACUUCGGUCGUAUUCAUCAGACACCAAACGGAAGAAAACUAACAAACAGGGAGGGACUACCCCAAUAAGAAACGCUCAUUUUGUUUUCCGUUUUGCAACAGUGUCCUAAUGAACAUGAGCCUGUUGUAAUCUGAGUUGUCUUUCUAUAUGCCAUUAUGCACAGUUAGCAGUGAAGUCCUGCCUGUUGACUGUUGCUUUGUGUCCAUGUACAUCUGUAGUAUGUACACAUGAAAGUGCCUUAGUUCAUAGUUUCUCUAAAACAUUUUCAAUGUUCUGUACUGUUGCAUUCUUAUUUCAGACCCUGUGUUAUGAGCAAGUGGAGUAGGAAGUGAGACAUGAAUUAAUAAGCGACGUCUUGCUUCUCAAUAUCUGCGGUGCUGCUCGUGGCAACGUCAUUUUGCGGAGUCUACCUUUAAUAAUAAAGAUACUGCUUAUCCAUUGUGACAUUGCACAGAACUGUAUAUUUGGCAUGUAACAUCUUAACAACUUUUAGAGCUCUGAGGGCUGUUCCUCAAGGGUUUUUCUGUCUAAUAAAGGAAAUACACUGAACAACAAUA